GAAGAACCAAUUGACGAAGAAAGAAGAUGAUUAAAUGGACUUCUUGUAUCGUCAAUGGUACGACACCCGGCCUCCUUUUCCCUCUGUUUUUCCUCUUCCGCCUUCCGAUCGUUUCAUGCAUAUGAUUUUGUUUGAUUGAAAAUCAUUGGAUUAAUUUCUGUAGAUCAUUUUAGAAAACUUGAUUUGAAUCCAGUUCCAAUUUUCGCUUCAAUUUUGUACGUUCUACCUCUUUGGUCUUCUGAUUAUCUUGCUUAUGGGCCGUGAUUCUACCUCUCUUGCUCCGGGGUUUCGAUUUCACCCCACCGACGAGGAAAUCGUGCGAUACUACCUUAGGCGCAAGGUUUCCGGCAAGCCCCUCUGUUUUGAUACUAUCUCCGUCGUUGACAUAUAUAAAUCGGAGCCAUGGGAUCUUCCUGAGAAGUCGAAGCUGAGAACCAGGGACUUGGAGUGGUACUUCUUUAGUCCUCUGGAUAAGAAGUAUAGCAACAGUUCGAGGACAAAUAGAGCUACGGAGAAUGGAUACUGGAAGACGACCGGGAAGGACCGGCCGGUGCGUCAUAACUCCCGAGUAGUUGGGAUGAAGAAGACUCUUGUUUACCACAGCGGACGGGCGCCUCGCGGGGCUCGCAGCAAUUGGGUGAUGCAUGAAUAUAGGCUUACAGACGAAGACUUGGAGAAAGCUGGGGUGGUGCAGGAUGCUUUUGUGCUUUGUAGGAUAUUUCAAAAGAGUGGUUCUGGGCCUAAGAAUGGAGAACAAUAUGGAGCUCCAUUUAUCGAAGAGGAGUGGGAGAAUGAUGAAGAGUUAACUCUACCUGGCGAGGAGGCUGUGGUGAAUGAGGGGUUGGUUAAUGUUGAUGAUGAUAUGCAUUUGGAAGUGGACGAAAUUGUUCAGCAGUGUUUGGAUGGUGAACUUCCAUUUGAAUAUGAUCAACCUCUGUCGAACUAUCUUCAAGAUACUAUAAAUCCUGUUGAGCUACCCAAUGUGCUUGUUGAAAAUGAUAACAAACCAUUGGAGCUACAGCAUAACCACGGAUUCUUUCAAUUACCAGAGCAAUACGAAAUGGGUGGGAAUUCUGAAAAAGAUAAGUGUUUUGCUGAAUCAAGUGAUAAUCUUAAGGACGAGGAUAUUGAUUACUUACUUGAUGAGCCUUAUCCAAGUGUUCCAGACGAUCUCGCCCUCAAUGAGGAAUUAUUCCUAGAGGCUAACGAUCUUUCAAGUCCAGUUGAAACUGAUCCAACCGGUUUCGACAUUCUUGAAGAGUAUCUUACAUUCUUUGAUGCAGAUGAUAACUUGCAGCUGUCAUUUGACCCGACAGAACUUUUGGGUAGCGAAGUGCCUAUUUCUGGCCAAACAAUUCCUGAAGAGAAAGUAAAUGAAGUGGCAGAAAAUGAGUUCUUGGCUACCAAACAGACGUCGGUUGCUUCCAUCAAUGAUGCAUCCACUUCAAAGCUAAACACUCAGGCUGAUGAAGCAGGUUCAGAUUCGACAUUACCAUUCCUCAAAUGUGUCGGUUACCUGUUGGGUGACAUCCCUGCACCUCCUGCAUUUGCUUCUGAGUAUCCAUCAAAGGACAUGGCCAUUUGGCUGAAUUCAGCAGCACAGACCUCCAGUUCAAUUCAUAGGACUGCUGGAAUGAUCCAUAUAAGUAACUCGACAUCAAAUUAUGAUCUGGUGAAUACCUUAUAUGGAAAGAAUGGGGAUGUUGACCUCAUCCUUUUCUCAGCUGGACAUCAUCACCACGGUGAAAAUGAUGAAAUGAUCGAUGCACUAUCUCAGAAGAACGGGAUUAUGGGAACUCGAGGAGGCUUCUUGUUCUUCUUUCUGCUGUUCUGGGUCCUAAUACUCUCAGUUAGCUAUAAAGUUGGGAGGUGUAUCUAUUCGCAUUGAUGCAGAAUCAAAAAUUUGGCUGUGGUAAUGAAUAAGACUUUAACUAGCUGCAAAUCUCCCUCUCAAGCAGCCAAGAACAGCAAUCUUGCAUAUUUGUUACCGCCGCUGGAACGUUAUUUAAACGGAGAUGACAUGGAACCAUCCCCGUCCCCGUCCCGUUCCCGCCCUGUUCUCUGGGGUUUGGCUUUUAACUUUAUACUCUUUUGGUCACAGAGCUGUUUUACACACAAUAGGUGGAUGUGGGAAGCAGGUUCUGGUUGUAGCCACUGUAUGGAGAAAAUAAUAUUUAUGCUGCAUAUAUUACGAAGGUUAUAUUUGACUUCCUUUUUGGCGUUUUGAUCUUCAGAACCUUGCUUUUUUCAUGGUUAUAGGUAUAUGAUUAAGAAAAGGGAAACAGAAGCUUUCAUCA